AUGGAGAUGGAGCAUUUCGACGAUCGGGACAAAGGUCAGAGGCACGGCCGGUCCAACGCUAAGAUGAACGGGGUGCCUAGCCCCACACACAGCGCCCACUGCAGCCUGUACCGGACCAGGACCUUGAAGACUCUGAGUGCCGAGAAGAGGGCCAAGAAAGUUCGCUUCUACCGCAACGGGGACCGCUACUUCAACGGGAUCGUGUACGCCAUCUCCUCAGAUAGGUUCCGGACCUUUGACGCACUGCUAGCCGACCUGACCCGCUCUUUGUCUGACAACGUCAACUUGCCCCAGGGGGUCCGGACUAUCUACACCCUGGAUGGCAAGAAGAUCGCUAGUAUCGAUCUGCUGGUUGAAGGUGAAAGCUAUGUCUGCAGCUCCAUAGAGGCCUACAAAAAGCUGGAUUACAUAAAAAACGUAAACCCCAACUGGUCAGUGAAUGUCAAGGCCUCGUCCUCUUCAUCACGUGGGCCUCCGUCCCUGAGCUGUGCCAAAGCUUGUGCCUCAGACGGCCGAGAAGGCAAGGACUUCAUCCGUCCAAAGCUAGUAACGGUGGUUCGAAGUGGAGUUAAGCCCCGCAAAGCCGUGAGGAUCCUGCUGAAUAAGAAAACAGCCCACUCCUAUGAGCAGGUUCUGACCGAUAUCACUGAUGCCAUCAAGCUCGACUCUGGGGUGGUGAAGAAAAUCUACACAUUGGAGGGCAAACUGGUUGCAUGUCUGCAGGACUUCUUUGGUGAGGAGGAUAUUUUUGUGGUCUGUGGACCAGAGAAGUUUCGCUACCAUGAUGACUUGAUGUUGGAUGAGAGUGAAUGCCGCAUGAUGAAGUCAGUGACCUAUGGCAAGAUGUCAGGUUCUCUCAACCGAUGCUCUCCCAGGACUGUCAUCCAAUCACAUCGCAGCAAGUCCCCAGCUUCUGUGAACGGGACGCCAGCCAGUCAGCAGUCCACUUCUCAUUCGGGGAAAUCUCCCACCCCUUCCCCAACCAGCCCAGGCACCUCAGCCGACGCCAGGAAAAGGACAAAGCUGUGACUGAGCAUAGGCCAACUACAUCUUAGAGUCACUUGAACAUGAAGAAACCAGCACAUCCCAACACCUUUAGCAUCUAAGAUCAGGGUGGAGAGUGAAGCUUUGAUCUCAUCCAGUACCGCUCAGAGAAGCUCUGAAGGCAUAUUCGUUUGGACACGUGUUACUAGCCGGA